GUUUCUGUGUUUGGAAAUACAUACAACCUCAAGAUGAAAAGAAACAAUAAACUUCUUGCCCGAAAUAUGACUUACAGAGAGAUUGAUGGACCCAGGACUAAAGAUAUUCAAAUUAACAAUGCUAAAAGGCUCAGCCUUGCAGAUGAUACAGACUCUUGGGGGUUCAGUGAAUGUGAUCACUACCUUGGAAUGGGAGCAGCACUCAGUUCUUGUGGAGCAGAGGGGGUUCGUGGGCUAAUAUUUGACAACCAGACAUAUGAAGUAUAUCCUAUAACAAAGAGAAUGAUGGAACUUUUUAGCGCUACAAACAGGACUGGACUAACAAGAGAACCACGUGGUCUCCCACAUUUAAUCAAAAUGGCGGACAAAAUACCGGAAAUGGAAGAUCUUGCCGUCGGCUCUUUCAAAACUAAAAACAAAAGAACUGGAAAACAGAGGAGAAACAAAAAACAGUUCAGAGCUGGUCGUCUUUACAUAGAAACAGCUUUAUUUCUUGAUGCCGCAGCUUACCAGUCCUACAGCUACUUCUAUAGUGCAUCAGGAUUCCCAAAUCCAGACAUCAAAAUACGAGAUCUGGUGCUCAGCUGGAUGAACUCAAUACAAGCUCUUUACCACUUCCCAUCUCUUGGUACUGCUGUAGACUUCUCUAUCGUUAGACUAGAGAUUCAUAAAACACAGCCUGCUGACUUCCCGAGCUAUGAUGGAGAAAGAGGACAACUACUCACAUCCUUUUGUAAUUACCAGGGGAAGAAUAAUCCUGCCGGAGAUUCGAAUCCUCAGCACUGGGAUAUCGGGCUUCUUGUGUCAGGAUUAGAUUUCUGGUCAAUGGAGGGAGGGAAAAAAAGUUAUCUAACCAUGGGUCUUGCAACUGUAACAGGAAUUUGCACGAACAACUACGGUUGUGUUAUCGGAGAACUAGGAGUUAGGAGUCCGGAAGGAAAACCAUAUCCAUCUACAGGGUUUACGUCUGUAUAUGUGAUGGCCCAUGAGAUCGGACAUAACCUUGGGAUGAGUCAUGAUUCCAGUGGUAACUCAUGUGAUGCUAAUGGUUUUAUCAUGUCUCCUUCUAGAGGAACAGUUGGAGAGACAGCUUGGUCUCAAUGCUCCAGAGAUGUAAUUUCUUCUUUAAACCUAGAUUGUCUAACAGACCAGCCUGCUGCUAUGGUAUCUGAACUAGAUCAUAACAAGUACAACAACAAUCCUGGACAAACCAUAGACGCAGAUACACAGUGUAAAAUACUGCUCUUUGAUAACGAUGCAAGUAUGGAAAAUAACGAUGACAACAUCCAGGAUAUAUGUUCAAGUUUGAAGUGCAGAAGUCCACAUAGGAUAGGUUACUACAGAUCUGGGCCCGCCCUAGAGGGCACUCCUUGCGGUAACAAUGUUAUUUGUCAGCAAGGAGGCUGUGUUAAAAAUACAAUCAGUCCUGGAGUAGUCUCUACAUCCUCCUGGUCUGAUUGGUCCUUUAGUGAGUGCAAGUCAGGAUGUCUAACCCGAAGCAAAGGGUUUGUUACUAAAACAAGAACAUGCAUAAAACAAACUCCAGUCAGUUCUGCUUCCUCAUGUCCGGGUAACUCCCAGGAGGUUACACUGUGUGAUAAUCCUGAUUGCAAGGGCUAUGAUGUUCCGACAAACUUUGCAAACAAACAGUGCUUUAGUUUUAAACAGGAAGGUUUUUUUCACAAAUUUUUGGCUCUUAAUAAAAAUGGUUUCCCCACCUCGCAUAGUUUAACUUGUUUGUUCUGUCUGGAUGAUGUGCUAUACAAUGCAUUGUUAAGAAAUAUUGGAACCCAGCCUCCAUAUGACAAGGACAGGGUUGACAUGGCGUGUACUAUAAGCUGCAGGCAGGUGAAGGGAGGAUGGUAUGCCCCUGUGCUUGAGCUGAAUGAUAUGCCGAACCUGUCUGCAUAUUUCCCAGAUGGAACAUGGUGUCACAAUGACGGGGAGGUAGAUUACUACUGCAGGAACCAUCAGUGCGUCAUCAGUGAUCUAGGAGUUUCUAGUAACGCGCUCCCUGGUGGACAGUACAGUAUUCCUAGGGAGGUGAUGAACUAUUUCACCCUGAACGAGGACAAGGUGGCCCUUAGCAACAACCCCCGCCCUCAGGAUAACAAUGAAGCGAAGGAAGACGAUUGGGAAGUUAUGGAUUACAUUAAUAUAUAAAGUAUUUAAAAUUAAUUUACAAAAUAGAAAUUUACAUUUUGAAAUAUACGGCAUAACAGAA